UGUUUUAUUUCAUUUGUUUUGUAACUUUUUAAAAAAGUUAUUAUUCGUCGAGUGGUAGGCAAAACAGCUGUUAGAGUUUGCCGAUUUCUUUUUUAGUUAUAUUAUUUUUCAUAAUUACAAAAUCGAAGCUAAGAUUUAAUUAAGUGCAUUAUUCCUAUUCCUAAGGCAUCAAGGAAAACAUUAAUAGCUUUAAAUAAUAAACUCGAGACUGUUUAUGUAAUACCGGGGACAAUAUGAGGAUUUGUUUGUUGAAAACCGUAUCAAAUACUAUCAGAAAACAAUGUUAUUCAACGAGAAAUGUGAGAAAAGUUACCCAUUGCAUAUUCGAUAUGGACGGACUUCUAUUGGACACAGAACAAGUAUACAAAAAAAUGAUCACCCAAUUAUGUGCCAAAUAUGGUCAUGAAUACACUGAUGAGCUGAUGAUGAAGGUACUGGGUGGCACAGAGCAGAGACUGUCAGAGAUUCUGUGCAAAGAUCUGAAUCUUCCUGUUUCACCGAAAGAGUUCAGAGACCAGUUGUUGGAACUUGGUGAUACCAUGCUGGCAGGGUCACCUUUAUUGGAUGGUGCUGAAAGACUAAUCCGUCAUUUACACAAAACGCAAGUCCCCUUCGCGCUCGCAACAUCGUCGAGCGAACGUUCGGUGAAGACCAAGAUAGCGUCGUACAAAGAUCUCUUCAGCCACUUCCACCACAUGGUGAUGGGCAGCACUGACAAGGAAGUGAAGUUCGGGAAACCGCACCCAGACAUAUUCCUGGUCGCAGCCGCCAGGUUCCCUGACAAACCUAAGCCGGAAAAGUGUUUGGUCUUCGAGGAUUCCCCGCACGGUGUCACCGCUGGCGUCUCCGCAGGCAUGCAAGUCGUUAUGGUGCCAGACCCGCAUCUAGACAAACGGCUCACGUCGCACGCGACGAUAGUGCUGCCCUCCUUAGCAAAGUUUCAGCCGGAAAUAUUCGGACUACCGCCAUUUUAGAUAUUUAAAAAAAAACAAAGGAAACACAAACUUAUAGAUAGUGCUCUCACCAAGCGUGUUUGAACGCGGUUGCGUCCGCUUGCCAUGUUUUUCGCAAUUAGGGAAAAUGCGAAACAUUUAGCGGCCUGUAUUGAGGUAUUUUGUCUGUGACUUGUUACUGUUAGUCUCUUGUUCCAUCGUAAUGAAAGAGUUAGCGGUAUUUCCGGUUGCACCGCCAUUGGUAGAAAGUCUAUUUCUCUUCUGAGAUUAUAUCGAUGGUCGCAAGUUAGCGCCGCUGGACACCGAGGAUUGGCUUAACUUGCGCCUUUCGCUCGGUCCCCUUUGUCGUCAUAACCCUAUACUGCGCGGACGAGCCAGUAAAGUAGAGCCCAGAAACCAUAAUGUAAUAAGUCAAAUAAGCUCAAAGUAAUAUUAUACAUUGCCUUGUUAACUUUCAAUAACAAAAUUAAAGAACUAACUUAACAGUAGUCAGGUAUAGAUAUUCUAUUUUUACAUUUGUGGUUUCUUUGUAAAGUGUGAAAAAAUUACCUACUAUACAGGUCGCAGACGAAAUAGUAAUUAUUUACUGUUAGAAGAACGACUUAAUUAAAAAUCGUAAACAACAUUUUAGUUUUAAGGUCAUUUACCAUUACAGCCACCCGGCAACCGAACUGCCAUACCUGGCCUUGUUGUGUUUUACAAGCGAGGCGAUCAAGCGAAGCUACAAGAUUAGCAUAAAUUUUAAAAAGCAGAUUGUGGAAGUAGCUCGCGGAUAGCGCAAAACUCAACAGAAGUUUAGCGCUUUGUGCAAGGGGUAUCUUCAUUCGCAGAAGUAGCAUGUCUUGCGCUUUUCAAAUAGCGGUGAGAGCCUGCUGUCUACAUGUCUGUGCCGUCUCUUGUGCUACUUUAUAAAAGCUUUGAUCUAUGCCUGUAGUCAUAUAGCACGUCCAUUCUCUUUCUACAAUCGCAAACGCUUCCAAAAUUAAAAAAAAAAGGAAUAGGAAUGGCAUUUGCUAUCGACACGUCACGUGAUAGAGUUAUCGAUCGGAUAUGUCAUUCCCAUACAUUUUUCUAGUUUACGACGCGUUAGCUUUUGUAGAAAGUGAAUGUGCCACAUGGCUACAGGCCUAGGUCCUACAAGAAUACAAGAAUACUAACCGCUUGGGUCGUUGCUAGUCGGAUGCGGAGUGGUUCUAUUGAGCUACAACCUUUAGUCCGGAAUGUACACUAUACAGGAUAUCAAACGGGUCUUUAGUGCAUAAAAUAUGACAAUUGACCAAACUUUGUUAGUCAUUUUGAUAGUAAUUAUUAGAUUAGUAAUAGCAGCGUAAUAGUUUUACAAAAUAUAUUUAGAUAUUUAGCUACUUUAGUUUUGUAAGUAUAAUUUUUUGACAAGUUUUACCAUAAUUAUUAUUGUACACCAAAUAUUUUCUUUGUGCCGGAAAAACCAAUUCUGAGAAAUCCGAGUGCAUGUGCGAUGAAAAUACACACAUCUGAUAAAAGCCUUC